AUGCCCUUGUCCGACGGGCCCGCGAGCGGCUGGGCCGCCUGGGCCCGCAACGGGAGCGCGGGCGCGGGCACGGGCGCGGGGGCGAGCGCGGGGGCGGGGGCGGAGGGCGGCGGGCGGAACGGCAGCGCCCCCUUCGGGCGGAACGAGGAGCUGGCCAAGCUGGAGGUGGCCGUGCUGGCCGUGACCUUCGCCGCGGCCCUGCUGGGCAACUGCAGCGUGCUGCUGGCCCUCCACCGCACGCCCCGCAAGACGUCCCGCAUGCACCUGUUCAUCCGCCACCUCAGCCUGGCCGACCUGGCCGUGGCCUUCUUCCAGGUGCUGCCGCAGCUCUGCUGGGACGUGACCCACCGCUUCCGGGGCCCCGACGGGCUGUGCCGCGUGGUCAAGCACCUGCAGGUGUUCAGCAUGUUCGCCUCGGCCUACGUGCUGCUGGCCAUGACGGCCGACCGCUACAUCGCCGUCUGCCACCCGCUGAAGACCCUGCAGCGGCCGGCCCGCCGCUCGCGGGCCAUGAUCGCCGCCGCCUGGACGCUGAGCCUGCUGCUGAGCGUCCCGCAGUACUUCGUCUUCUCCUUCGGCGAGGUCCAGCCGGGCUCCGGGGUCUUCGACUGCUGGGCCGACUUCGUGCAGCCCUGGGGGCAGAAGGCCUACGUCACCUGGAUGACGGCCAGCAUCUUCCUCGCCCCCGUCCUCGUCCUGGCCACCUGCUACGGCUUCAUCUGCUAUCACAUCUGGCGCAACAUCCGGGGCAAGACGGGCCUCGGGCCUAGGCCCGGCCUCGGCCUCGGGCCCGGGGCCGGAGCCGGUCCCCCGGGCCGUCUCCUCCUCACCCCCUGCGUCAGCAGCAUCAAGAGCAUCUCCAGGGCCAAGAUCCGCACCGUCAAGAUGACCCUGGUCAUCGUCACCGUCUACGUCGUCUGCUCGGCCCCGUUCUUCGUCGUCCAGAUGUGGUCCACCUGGGACGUCCGGUUCGUCUGGCUGGCCUCCGAAGACGCCGUGGUUACCAUCACCGCCUUAUUAGCCAGCCUGAACAGUUGCUGCAAUCCGUGGAUCUACAUGUUCUUUAGCGGCCAUCUCCUGCAAGACUGCAUCCAAAGCUUCCCCUGCUGUCGGAAGUCCCGGCAAAAGUUGACUAAAGAAGAUUCGGAUAGCCUGAGCAGACGACAGACUUCUUUGACUAACAACCGGAGUCCCACAAACAGUUCAGGCGCCUGGAGGGAUUCCCCUAGAUCUUCCAAAUCUACUAAAUUCAUUCCUGUUUCAACUUGACUCCUUGGUUCGCGCCGUCUGACGGGACUUGGCACGUUUGUAAUGGACAAUUUAGCACUUUCAGUGGACAAAGCCAGAGAUCCAAGGUGGAAGAUACCGUAAAAGUACAGUAUUUUUAGAUCAUGGUGCUCUCCCUCUUGCGAAUAGAAGUCAAAAGUUAUUUUCCAUUGUAGAAAGCUCACGGCGUCAAGAUAGGGGGAACUGAGCCGCCGAAUGCUGUCGGAGUUCUUUUUCUAGGAUAAAACUCUCGGCUUUAUUCUCUAUUCCUGAUCUGGCAAGUGUUUGGCUGGCUUAACGAUAACGUGAUCAAAGGCUUUGUUUAUGAACCGCUGAGAUGGUUCAUUUUAAAGUAGUCAAGAAAAUUAGAUUAGGUCAACGGAAGUCAGGCUACAGGUGAUAUCGAAUCACCAUUAAAAUGGCCCCAGUAUUCUACUUCCUGAAAUUUCUGCGGCUUUUUACUAUCGUGGUAAUAUUGACAAUCACAAGGAAGCCUAAGGACCAUAGUGGACUAGUUAAAUAUACUUAGAUCCUUUUAUUUUAUUUUUUGAGCGGUAUGUGCCGGACACUGUACCAUGUGCUGGGGUAGAUGAAAAAGAUGGUCGGAUUAGGCACAGUCCGUGUCCCACAUGGGGCUCACAGUCUUAACCCCCAUUUUACGGAUGUGGUAACCGAGGCACUGAAAAGUCAAGUGACUUGCCCAAGGUCACACAGCAGACAAGUGGCAGAGCCAGGAUUAGAACUCGGGUCCUCUGCCCUCCAGCCCCGUGCUCUCUCCGCUAGGCCACGUGAUCUUUCGACUCUGUCCUCAAAGGUACUUGAAGGAGCGGACUCGGUGUUGGACAGAAAUCUAUCUUCUGUGUCAUUAUGGUAUUCGGAUGAAUCAGACUGCAUAAUUGGAAGCGUAAUGUAGAACAGGAUGCUAUCAGCCAAGAAUUCGAUAUCCGUUGAAUAUGUGACAGGUGUCUUCAAGUGGACAGAUGGGGGACGCUAUUAAGAAAAAACCCACCCUCCAGCCACCGUUGAAUACCAGCAGUCAGCACUGCCCUGCUUAGAGAGUGACCGGACUUCUGUCGAUCGGAAUUCUUUGGGGAACCUCGUGAUCUUCGCUUCUACUUAACCACGUUUUACCUUGAGGUAGAGACCUCUCCAGCUCUGUCAAGGGAGUGUGGGGAGGACCACGUGUUGGACCAGAGAGGGCUUCUGGGGUGGUGCUUCACAGCGCUUAGAAGAGUGCCUGGCACAUAGUAAGCACUUAACAAAUACCAUAAUGAUUAUAGUGAAUGCUCAAUAAAUACCACUCCCUGACUGUUUGAUUCCACAGUUGUGUGAUUCUGCUGGAGAUUCUCCUGCCCCUGCCCUGGAUCUGCUGAUUUUCAGGCUUAAAAAAAACUCUUUCUGGGUUCAAGUCCUCUAGACUCUAAGCUCUAUGUGGCAGGGAACCCUGCUUAAAAACGGCGUUUCAGAGGCCGAGCGAACCUCUUCUGUAAUCGCUGCAGAAUUCACUGGCCACGUGCUCUCCCAACCGUUCAGUCUCUAGACUGUAAGAUCGCCGUCGGCAGCCAACGUGUCCGUUUAUUGUUCUAGUGUACUCUCCUAAGCGCUGAGUACAGUGCUCUGCACACAGCGAUCAAUAAAUGCGAUUGAAUGAAUGAACGAACGCUGUAGUGUUCUCUCCCCAACACUUAGUUCAGUGCUGUGCACACAGAGAGCGCUCAAUACGAUUGAAUGACAGGCAGCCCUGCUCAAUGUUUCAAGAAGAGUCAACAUAAUACUCCCAAACUUGACUGUAAACUCGUCGUAUGGGCUGGGAACGUGCCUGUUAGGUUGUUCUACUGUACUCUCCUAAGUGCUUAGUGCAGGCUCUGUACACAGUAAGCGCUCAAUAAAUACAAUUGACAGGAAGAGACUCAAGUGGUUUGCAUAUGAUGUAUCUGUGGCAUCUAGGUCUCUGCUGUCUUUUAUUGAUUUUAUUAUUUUAAUACUAUCCUGCAGUCUUUUCAUUGUCAGACAUCCAUUGUUCAAAUCUGAAGGUUAAAUAAAAUUUUUUUUAUUGGUCAAAA